UUUUUUUUUUCUUCUCUCUCUUCUCUUCAUGUUCAUCGAUCUAUCCACUUUUUCCUUUCUUCCACAGUUCUGUCGAUGGAUUUGGGUUGGGUUGGGUUGGAUUUGGAUCGUUGUGGCAACCUUGUGGGAACACCGACAACGGGGGAGCGCAUGUGGAGCUGGGUUCGCAGUUGUGCGGAAUGCUAGACUAGGAUGGAUAGUGUCUAGAUUUUUUUUUCUUCUUGGAAGCGAGUUUAUCUCUAUUCUAGGCCACUCGAUCAUUCAAUCAUGCUGGUGCUAA